UCGAGAGGUUAUCGUGCUGGAUUGAGCGUUGGCUCUAUGCUGUUGUGGCAGUGGAGGUGUCGAAUAAUUCAAACAUGUCAGAGUUUACAUGUACUGUAACUCUUGACACCUCAAAUCGGCGCUCGCAUGAUAUUAUUUCAGUAUUCACUGUGAAUGGGGUGCUCGGAUCAGAAGCGGGGCCACUUCACCUUGCCUAUUACGUUAUUCUUGUUGCUUCAAGUUUACGUGUCCACCUACCUACAACUAUCACUCUCUCACCAACAUCAGCAUUGAGUUGCAUCCGCCUUUACUCAUUGCAGCUGCCAUGGCGAUCGUCCCUGGCUGUCUUGGCCUUGUUGUCGAGAUUUCGGUGAACGGAGUACCGCUACAAGAGUACAAUAAUGCCGAGGACGAAGAGGAGACACCCGGCACUGUCACAAAGUAUAUCGAAGCGCAGUCAGGUGCCAACUUUGUUGUAGGAAGGACCGUCACUACCGGACUACCAGCGCCCCAAUUUCGGCAGCAAGUCUGGCUCGACGGGAAAUUGGUCCAUACCAUGGCGUGUCGAUCGGUCACCCUGGGAGAGAUGCAACAUAACGAAGGCAGGAUAUCCGCAAUUGGUGGACAGACGGUUUGUCAGAAAUAUCAGUUCAGCGAGAUGAAUAUCGUUGAAGGAAGUAUCGAUCGCAUCGACAAAACACUACUGGAAGAGAUCGCGUCUACCGGUCUCAUCACGGUCACUUUUCACAGCAUUUGCAACAUUCGAAGCAAGACGUCCGGAUCCACUAAGAACCCCAUGACUGUAGCCAGUUUCGACUCGGUUCCAGAGAAGGCCCUGAAAGGUCAGGCAAAAUCGCAUCAGGCCAGCCUGUCAGAGCCGGAAGUGGCAAACCCGAUAGGUUGGUCCAGUUGCGAUCUUGCCAGUGAAACACCUUUCGCAACAUUUCAGUUCAAAUACCGGUCGCGAGCUGCAUUGCAAACACUUCACAUCCUGCCAAGGACCCCAACGCCGGUUCCACUCGAAGAGCGUCCAGAAGAAGAUUUGAGUACAGAAGAACUCUGCCAGCUUGUCAAACGCUUCAAGGAACGAGAUGCGACGGCACUCAGGAUAAAGAAAGAGGACAACGCAAAGCGCAAACGAUCUGGCGAAGACACUGAUGACUUUGAGAUCGUCGACAUUAGGAACAAGAGACGUCACCACCACGAUCCAAACGAGAUUAUCGUUCUGGAUUGACAGAUGGAUUUAAAGGGACGACAAGUAAUUUCAAAUGGCAGUAAAGGACUAUCAUAGUUUGGUCUGUCGAGCAGCUAAGGUACUUGCAAGCAAUGUAUCCUACGCUACAUAUUACACAAGCCUCCGCUGCAGCUUAUGAUUAGAGGGUACGUAGGGUUGAAUGGUGUAUGUCAAACCUGUUCCGCAAUGUUCAAGUGUGAAUUGUCCUUCUUAGUUUUAGUUCAUCUACUCAAAUAGGUAAAGGUACUUUUGGUGGUAGCUAUAGUAUUCCAAGCUUACGCGAUAGGUAUGCUUUGACAUGGCUACGAAUACACUGGUUACCUUACUCUAAAUCUCUG